UGUUACAAAACGUCAUGUCGCAUAAAUAAACAAACGGACGAUGGUGGAUGUGGUUGGUCAUAUUUUUCUGUUCCUGAAAUAAAUCACUCCGUGACACUGGCAAUGACCGAGGAAUCGGCGGCAGAAAACACCUCCGGUUCUGCGGGAAAAAGAUCCUACACUCGACGCUCUCCCCUGUGUCGGUUGUGCUUGCUGGAAAUUCCUAAAAAUGAUCUGCAGGAAAUAUUCUACCGUGGAUCGGACUGGAAGAAGCGAAUCUUCCGUGCCACCGGAAUCAAGGUCCAUCGGAAUGAUCCGACAACCCGGUUGUGCUCAACCUGCCGAAUUAUGCUUGAUCUGAUAGUGAGCUUCCAGGAGAUUUGCGAAAACUCCGAUCUGGUCAUGCGGAAGGGUGCCGAACAACAGAUCGGCACCUUCGUUGGAGACGGCUGGACCAAAGCUUCCGAACUGAUUGAGUCUUUGUGGCGGGUGGUGGCCCAGCGCCGGGAGACUGUGAUGAUGACGGGAAACGGAGUCGUUCGGGAGGAAGUUACGGAGACUAAACAGGAGAUCGUCGAGGUUAGUGUUCCGCCGGGGGAUGAAGUGUAUUUGGAUGAAGCAAGGGUUGAGUGCGAUGAACGGAAGAUGUUGGAGUUGGAACCGUUGGAAAUUAAAAAGGAAGAGGAGGAGAGUGUCGUAGGGGAGAAUGAAGACGACGGAGAUUAUCAGUUUGAGGAGGAGUAUGUGGAAGAGUCCGAUCAGGAGGAAAGCGAGGAGGAAGAGAAACCAAAGAGGAAGCGCGACCGCAGGAAAGCAAACGAGGCGAAGCAACGGUUGAAGAGUGAGAAGGUGAUGUGCGAUACGUGUGGGGCGUUGGUGUCACAGAUCUGUCUCGAGGGCCACCUGAAUCGGCAUCUGGGCGUGAAGCCGUUUGUGUGCGAGAUAGAAGGUUGCGGAAGGCGUUUGUACUCGAAGUAUAGUUUGCAGCAGCAUAGGCAUCUGCACAAGAGCAUCAUGCGGUACUACGACUGUGAGGAUUGUGGCAAGCGGAUCAAGGGAACUAGCUGUUGGAUGCGGCACAGGAAGUUGCACACCGAGGAACCGAAGCAUGAGUGCGACGUUUGCGGGAAGAAAUUCCGACGGAAAUUCGGAUUGAGGUUGCACUCAGUGGUUCAUACGGGAGUGGCGCUUUUCCCGUGCGAGAUUUGCGGCAAGCGUUUUACAGUGAAGCACAAUCUUGGAGCUCACUACAAGAUGCAUAAACGGAAUGGCACCUAUCCAGUGGCCAGCGAAGGGCAGAUGCAAGAAUAGUUGUCCGGUAAGCGACAUACGUUUGCAGAAAUCUGUGUCCUUACGUUAAUUAAAGCUUUUAUAUUUUAAAUGAAAAUACAGCAUCACUAUUAAUCUUUUAGAUAA